GUUGAGAGCGUUAAGUUCGCUGAUCCUAAACAAAGAGGAAACUUACCUUCAAGAUUUACUUCUACUAUUGAUUUGUAUAUAUUAAUGAUUUUUACAGUUAAAGGUUGAGGUGAAGCGUGUCUCUGGUCCUGCUCUGUGUGUACCGUAAAUGGGCGUGGCUGCCGCACAACAACAACACAACAACAACAACCAGACCACCACCACGGCUCUGCUUCCGGUUGUUCUGGAUGUAACUGUCAGUGUCCAGCAUCUUUCUAACGAGAAUCCGCUUCAUCAGCAGCGUUAGCAUGAGUGAAGGAGACGUGUUCCAUGAGAAGCAACGACUGGAGCUGUGCGCCAUCCAUGCGCUGAACAACGUGCUCCAGGAGCGGGUGUUCACCAAGGAGACAGCCGACGACAUCUGCAAACGGCUGGCUCCACAGUGUGUGGUGAACCCUCAUAGGUCCGUGUUGGGCACAGGGAACUAUGACGUCAACGUCAUAAUGGCAGCACUACAGAGCAGGGAGCUGGCUGCAGUGUGGUGGGACAAACGCAGGACGGUACAGAGCCUUUGCGUGGCGAAGGUCCAGGGCUUUAUUCUUAACGUUCCAUCACGAGUCUCGCUUGGGAUCGUUUCCCUCCCGCUCCGACGGCGGCACUGGCUUGCGGUUCGGCAAGUAAACGGGCAAUACUACAACCUCGACUCCAAACUGAAGAGUCCCAUGUGUAUUGGUGGAGAAGCAGAGCUACGCUCAUUUGUCAGUGAACAGCUUUCUCAGGAUGUGGCAGAGAUGCUCCUGGUCGUCCAGCGGGACGUGGAGGACGACGGUUCAUGGCUGAACCCUGACAAUCCCAAUAAGUGAUGCCUUGGCCCCGGACACACCUUUUACAUUUUAGCAUGGAAGAAAAACUCCUCUGGAAAAAUGACUGACUGUUUUUUUUUUUCUUUUAAACGAACACCUCAUUUCAAAAACCUCUUCAGGGAAUGCACUAAAAUACAUUUAAGUAUCUGCAAAUAUACACACAGAGGGAGUUCCAAAGAGAAGCAGAGACGGGCGUUUGCUCCUGAAAUGAAGAACUGUUUUGAUUGUAACAACUUUUGAAAAAAGACGUGUACUUGCACUCUCCUGCUCUUGGUACGUUUGUUUGAGAAGGUGCAUCUAAGCUAACAUGUCUGCAAGUUUGAAGCCAAUGAGGGCGUUUGAUGAUACUUGACUUGAGACAUACUGUGUAACUGAACUUUCACUGUUUUUGUGGUAGAAAAAUUGCAGACAGUGUUUGUGCAUGAUAAUCUACAUUCGCAGUAAAGAUAACUGGACUUUGUUCAUUAUGUAAAAAGAUUUGAAUUUGCCAAGUAGGACAUCACUGGACUGUUAUUAUCCAGAUGCCAAUAGUAGAUCAUUAUGUACAAGAUUGUAAAAUUGAUCAGUUAUCUCUUAGCACCUGGGUGCACCCUCUCUUCCCACGACCUUCGUUGUAGACUUUCUAUGCACUACAGAGUUAGAUUAGUUAGCACCGUUUGUCUUUGUGUGUGUUCAUACAGGCACAUGUUGUGUGAAGGUGUCAGCUGCUGAGACGUUGAAGGACUAUACCAGUGUCUUAGCAUGUUUUCAACAACUUACUACAAAUCAGUCACAACUUCAGACUUUGCUCAGAACUUGUGUUCCCUUACUAGUUAAUUAUUUAAUUUCUUACAUUGUGGUGCAAGCUUUGUUGCUGUAGUGUGAUAACGAGUCCUCACAGUAAUGAAGCUUUGACAAAAAUGUAAGAAAACAUGAUGGCUGGCAACUCAGGGCUGGGCAAGACAUAAAUAUUCAUAUCAGUCAAUUUGAUAAAUGUCAUAUUGUUAUUUCUUUUUAAUUUUUAAAGAUAGAUUUUUGCUCCUGAGUAAAGGUUGUGUUUUUAAACUCUUCUUUGAUAGCAGAGAAUGACAAAUACUUCAUAAACCGAAGCUUUUAACCAGUGGUUGUUAGUAAAAUCACUUUUAAAAAUAUUAAAUCCACCUGAUUAGUUGUAAGUUGUUGAGUUAAACCUGUAAGCGCACUGGUGCUGUGACUGUAUGUAACCUUAAUGUUUGUACCUCGUAUCUCUUGUUGAUCUAUGCAUAUCCAAAAGAAAAGGAGCACGUCUCCGGUUCUCACUAGUGACUAACUCGCACCUCAGAAGCUCAGAGGUUCAUUAUAUUGAAGCUUAUUUAUAUUAAACUUUGACCUCCUCUUUUCAGUA